CCAGGUAGGGCUGAGCCUGAGAACGUGCUGUCACGCUUGUAGUUUGCAUGAAUUAUUAAAUAAAUAAAUGUUGGCGGGUUUUUAAAGCCCAAACCCGCAGCAAGUUCUAAAACUAACCCAAAUCUGUACACUGGCGGGUUUGGACUUUUACAACUCGCCACUAAGUUUGAAAUGUAGCGCAAUUUGGCUGGAGAACUACCUAUCUGGCAUGUCUCCUCCUCCCCUACACCCCCCUGUCUCUCACUCUGUUGGCCUAGCGAACUCCUCCCCCAUCUCUCCUCCCCUCCAGUCGCCCAGUGUAUCUCCAUCAUUUUCGCCUCCUCCUCUUACUCUCUCCCGCCUGUGUCGGUGCCUUCGCCUCCUGUCACUCUGCCGCUGUCGCAUUCAGGCUCCCGGCCUCGCACACAACAUGGGCCUCAGGUGAUACUACCGACAGGUCCGCCGGAUACAGCGGGCGGGGAACAGAGCUAAAGAAGAUCGGGCCUGACCGCCCGCACCGGGGGCCUCACUCACCGGCAUAUAGCUGGUGUUCUGAAGAUUGUAAGACAGUCUGAGGAGUCCAGAAAGUAUGGAGAAAGGAGAAAAAAUUAAUAAGGGGGAGGAGGAUGAAAUGGAGAUUGAUGGAUAUAAUCUGUGCCGCUGGAAGCUAGCUCUUGUAGCUAUAGGAGUGUUGUGUAGUGGUGGCUUCCUCCUCCUCCUCCUGUAUUGGAUGCCUAAGUGGCGUGUCAAGGCAACAUGUACUCGAGUGACACUGAAAGACUGUGAUGUUGUGCUGUUGAGAACAACUGAUGAAUUCAGGCAAUGGUUUUGUGCAAAGGUGCGCAUUCUCUUGUCUCCGGUGACUCAUCCAUUCCAGAUUCCUGAAUCCGUAGCAGGCAAAGUGACAAAUGGGCACAUAGGACACCUUCCAGAGAGCCACACAGAGCACCAUGAAGACCAUCCAAUGAAUAAUGCAACAGUUCCAUUACAUGAGGUACGUUAUUUCGUGCAUCACAGUUUGACUUACUACUGGAAUGAUGUUCACCAAACAUUCAGCUUGUUUAAGGGCUUGGAUGAAGGUAUCCAGUGUUCUGCAAUGCAUCGUGAGCACAGCCAGGGAUUAUGUAAAGAAAUACACGAUUACAGAAAAUUAUUUUAUGGAAUAAAUGAAAUCACUGUUAAAGUGCCUUCUCUUUUUAAACUUCUGGUUAAGGAGGUCCUCAAUCCUUUUUACAUUUUUCAGUUGUUCAGUGUUAUUUUGUGGUGCACAGAUGAAUACUACUACUAUGCAUCAGCCAUUUUGCUAAUGUCUGUGAUAUCCAUUAUCAGCUCGCUGUAUACCAUUAAAAAGCAAUAUAUAAUGCUACACGACAUGGUUUCUGCUCACAGUAUUGUCAGGGUGUCCGUGUACCGAGGAAAAAAGGAAGCAGAAGAGAUUCUGUCAACUGACCUGGUGCCUGGAGACAUCAUGCUGAUACCCCCUAAUGGAACAAUUAUGCCUUGUGAUGCUGUUCUUAUCAGUGGAACGUGCAUUGUAAAUGAAAGCAUGCUAACAGGAGAGAGUGUUCCAGUAACAAAAACAAAUUUGCCAGAUCCUACGACAGAUUCCAGAGCACCUGAAAAUGAGAUAUAUAGUACUGAAAUUCAUAAGCGGCACACUUUAUUUUGUGGGACGAAUGUUAUCCAGACCAGAUUUUAUGCUGGAGAGUCUGUCAAAGCCAUAAUUGUUCGGACAGGUUUCAGCACUUCUAAAGGGCAGCUUAUUCGUGCCAUACUUUAUCCAAAGCCAACAGACUUCAAGCUUUACAGAGAUGCCUAUCUCUUCUUGCUGUGUCUUGUAGCAGUGGCUGGAAUUGGAUUCCUUUACACUAUUAUUAACAGUAUUCUAAAUAAGGUACCAGCAGGCAUCAUAAUCAUUGAAUCGCUUGAUAUAAUAACCAUAACAGUACCUCCUGCCCUCCCUGCUGCCAUGACUGCUGGCAUUGUGUACGCACAGAAACGAUUAAAAAAUCUUGGCAUCUUUUGUAUCAGUCCACAGAGAAUAAACAUUUGUGGGCAGCUAAAUCUUAUCUGCUUUGAUAAGACUGGCACUCUUACAGAAGAUGGACUAGAUCUCUGGGGCAUUCAGAGAGUAGAGGAUGCUCGGUUUCUUUUACCUGAGGAAAAAGCAUGCAGUGAGAGCUUGGUUAAGUCUCAGUUUGUUGCCUGUAUGGCCACCUGCCAUUCACUUACAAAAAUUGAUGGGGUACUUUCAGGUGAUCCUCUUGAUCUCAAGAUGUUUGAAGCUAUAGGAUGGAUUCUAGAGGAAGCUACUGAGGAGGAGACUGCACUUCACAACAAAAUGAUGCCAACUGUUGUUCAGCCUCCAAAGCAGCCAGUGACUGACCAAAAACCUGCUGCAAGUCAGGAAAUGGAGCUGUUUGAGAUUCCGACAACUUACGAAAUUGGAAUAGUACGUCAGUUUCCUUUCUCUUCAGCACUGCAGCGCAUGGCAGUUGUUGCUCGAAUUCUGGGAGAAAAGAAGAUGGAUGCAUAUGUGAAAGGGGCCCCUGAAGUGAUAGCCAGUCUGUGCAAACAGGAAACUGUUCCGCAUGAUUUUGCUAGUGUAUUAGAAGAAUACACCAAGCAGGGAUAUCGUGUCAUCGCACUUGCACACCGAAAAUUAGAGUCUAAAAUUUCAUGGCACAAAGUCCAAAAUAUUAGUAGAGAUGCCAUUGAAAGCAACAUGACUUUUCUGGGGUUAAUAAUUAUGCAAAAUAAACUUAAAGAAGAAACUCCAUCGGUUUUGGAAGACCUACGCAACGCCAACAUCCGUACGGUCAUGGUCACAGGCGAUAACAUGUUGACUGCAAUUUCUGUUGCACGAGACUGUGGGAUGAUUCUACCUCAGGAAAAGGUCAUUGUAGCUGAAGCACUACCUCCCAAAGAUGGCAGGGUUGCCACGAUAAGCUGGCAUUAUGCAGACUCCUUGCCAAGAAGCAGCUUAAACACUAUUGACUCAGAGGAUAUUCCUGUUAAGGUGGUGAGUGAUAGUCUAGAGGACAACUAUGUGGCCAAUUAUCACUUUGCAAUGAAUGGCAAAUCAUUUGGAGUCAUCUUGGAGCAUUUUCCUGAUCUGGUUCCCAAGUUGGUAUUACAUGGUACGGUUUUUGCACGUAUGGCACCUGAUCAAAAAACCCAGUUGGUAGAAGAGUUGCAGAAUGUUGAUUAUUAUGUUGGGAUGUGCGGAGAUGGAGCAAAUGAUUGUGGUGCACUGAAGAGAGCCCAUGGGGGAAUAUCACUGUCUGAGCUAGAAGCAUCUGUGGCGUCACCUUUCACUUCUAGGACUCCCAGCAUUUCCUGUGUGCCAAACCUUAUCCGGGAAGGGCGUGCAGCUUUAAUUACAUCUUUCUGUGUGUUUAAAUUUAUGGCUCUGUACAGUCUCAUCCAGUACUUUUCAGUUACCCUGCUCUAUUCUAUCCUCAGCAACUUAGGGGACUUCCAGUUUCUCUUUAUUGACCUGGCAAUCAUACUUAUUGUUGUCUUUACAAUGAGUUUGAACCCUGCCUGGAAGGUACUGGUGGCACAAAGACCUCCCUCUGGUCUUAUCUCAGGACCCCUGCUUUUUUCUGUCUUAUCUCAAAUCCUCAUCUGCCUUGGGUUUCAGACCUGGGCUUUCCUUUGGGUCAAAGAACAGCCCUGGUAUGAAGUGUGGAUUCCUAAUUCAAAUGUGUGCAAUGUGUCUGCUGAUCUACACUAUGACAACCAUACUGAUGAGCACAACAUCAAGAAUUACGAAAACACAACACUUUUCUAUGUCUCCAGCUUCCAGUACCUCAUAGUGGCAAUCGUGUUUUCCAAAGGAAAGCCAUUUAGACAGCCCAGCUACAAAAACUGGUUUUUUGUUGUAUCUGUGUUGGGUCUGUACAUCCUAAUAUUAUUCUUCAUGCUGUAUCCCAUUACACCGGUUGAUGAUUUCUUUGAGUUGGUCUGUGUUCCCUUUGAGUGGCGUAUUAAAAUGCUCAUCAUUAUUGUUAUCAAUGCUGCUGUAUCAAUUUUGGUAGAGAAUUUCGUCCUUGACAUGCUAUUGGGGAAGCUUGUGUUCAGCCGAGACAAGCAAGGAGAAACCCAGCUCAUGAUCACCCACCCCCCACAGGGUGGCAUUGACCGGUUCGCCGGGGGGGUUUUCUCCUGGCUUUGUUCCUGUAGAAAGAAGACACCCAAAGCCAAAUACAUGCACUUAGCACAGAAACUAUUAGUUGAUCCAGACUGGCCACCAAAGCCAAGAACAACAACGGAAGCGAAAGCGACAACACAAGCAAAUGGCGAUUACCAAAUCAUCACUAUGACGUAGCAGUGAUUGUCGGCGUCCCUGUAUUUACAUAUUUAUUGCGUUUUUUCCCCCUUUGUGUACCCUUAAUUCCAGAUGAAUCUUUUAGAGUUCUGUUCAAUCCAAUUGACCAUUGAUGAAUUUUUCUAAACAGUAAUUGAAGCUUUGGAGUGCUUCUGUCCAGGAACUGGAUGUGGCCAUGAAUAUAUCUCCCACUGUCACCCGAGUGGAUCUCCAGAAAUAAAAUCUGUGCAGCACUUUUUUGCUUGGCAACAAAAAUAACUACCAACACAGCAUUUCUUUCCCCCUGCCUUUCAGUAGAACCAAGGAAUCACAUAACAGUUCCUCCUGGAAGCAAUAUUGGUUUUUGCUUUUACAUCAUUUUCAUAACAAAAAGAAAAUCAGUAUUUCAUGAAAAGUUUCUCCUGCCAUUUGGGCCAAUGACAUGCUGCCUGGUGCUGUUUGUUUCUGUGCUGUUUGGUGACAGCGUCUGUAAGCUUCUAGUUUUUGCUGCAGUUCUUUCGUAACACUGACCACUCUGAGGUAAAAUCUUGUUUUAAAGUAUUGGCGCAAACAGUAUUCUUACUAAUGGGAUUUAGUAGCAACCCUGAAGGGGCUGCACUGUAUUCAGUACUUGAAGCUAACUUGUACUUUCACAGCUGCAUCAAGCAGAGCACAAACAUAAUGGUGGCAUUAAUCAUACUUUUUGCACUUCUUAUCGCAUUCCUUCCCAUUUUAAAGGUUACAAUACCUUUUGGCCAAUGUUCCCUCUAAUGUCUUUUUGGGUGCGUAAAUAUUAUUUGAUAUGUUUGCUUUUAAAACUCACACACAGAAGUAAGUGGGUCAGAAUAAGUACAAAAUUUACAUGUUUCCACGUCAUGCAGUUUUUGUGCAAGCCACAAAAUUUGCUGUGUAUGCUGGCCAUAAAAUGUGUGCACCAGCACGGCUUAGAGGGAACAUUUCCUCUGUCCUAUGUUUGCUUUCCUUUAAAUAGUUAAGUAAAGUAUAAAGGUUUCAGUAUGUAUAGCUUGCCUCAGAUUUCAUAAUUACAUUAAAUUAGUGUUAGUUUGGUCUGUGGCAAAGCAAGCAAAAUGCUAGCCCCUCCGACUAAUACAACUAUAGAGAAAAUGCAAGCAAUAACUUUAUCAUUUAUUCUUUACGGAGUAUCUAAGAGAAAACAAAUUGAAAACAAAAUAAUCGGUCUAUAAAUAGGGUUUAUUUUCCAUUUUUAUAGGCCAUAAGAAGUGACAUGUAGAUCUUGCCCUGGCAGUAGAAGCUUUUAAGUUGUAUUUUUUUGUCCAUAAACUAAACAUGUAAAGUGUUUGUGCAUGAAACAUCUGAUCCCUCUGUAAAACGAUUCCCAGUACAAGUUCUAAUUCUGUAGGUGUGUCUUUAUAAAACACAACCUGAACUUUAUGUUCCUUAUUUGUUUCUUUGCUAUAUCUAUGCAUUUUGGACCUUAGAGCUGUGAAUUCUAUGACAACAAAUUGAUGUGGGUUCAGUCUUACCACUGACCAUUAAGCAAACCAUUUUAUUCUUUCCAGGCACUAGAGGGUUAAAGGUCACUUUAAAACCCUUUAAAGCUCGAUGACCUAUGAGAUAUGGUUUUGUGGGGUGAAGGCUUCUGGUUAGUGAACUGCAGGGCAGUUUAUCAGAAAGCCUUCAUCUGGAGAAGUUGAUUUAGGCCAACAUCUGUGGCAAGAUUUUAGAUUCAUGAGCAGUUUCCUGACAUUUUAAAUGUUGAAUCUCACAAUAUUCGAUAUCUAGGAUUUACUGUUACUGUCAGCC